AUACUCGAAACUAGAGGAGUUUAAAGUGUAUUUUGAUUCAAUAUGGCGGAAGAAAGUUGUCCCAGAUGAAACAAACAGAAAAGAGUUAAAUUUUUCGCACCUGAGUAACAGGAUGAUGGCGCUGAUAGUAAAAGCAGGUAAAGGAUUGAUAGGAUGUAUCCCCAAAUAUGAGUAAAAGUAGACAUGAUGUUCGGAAAGAAAACAACAUGCCAACAACUAAUAAGAAAUCUUCAGAAUAUACAUGCCAGAAUGGAGCACAGAGUCCAGUGAGUCAGCACUCCAGUGAAAAUGAAAAGUCAUCUCCAGAUUCAUCUGAAAACCAAAAAGAAAAAAAUAAUGGCUCAGGUCUUUACAGAGAGGGUCGAAUUAAUUUAGUCAAUGGUAGUAGUCCCAAUUUAAAUGGACCUAUAAAUGGAUUUUUGCAUGAAGACACGGAAAACUCAAGAUCAUCUCUUGCUAAUAUUAGCUGCCAAGGGGAGGUCAGUGCUCUAGCUCGUCCUGAAGUAGUCGUAAACUGUAAUCACUGUAGUGAAUAUGUCAAACCACUGCUAGUAAAUGGUUUACAGAACAGGAAAAAUUCACCUAAGGCAAACAGACCCAAGUCUAUGUCAUGGAGUCGUGUUGUCAAACAGAGACGAGAUCGAAGAGAGCAAGAGAAGAAAGCAGGAUCAAAUUCAAAGAGAGAAAAAUACAUUUAUCCAGAACUUGGUUCAAGUUCAGAUGAUUCCUGUGAUUGCUUUAGCUCUCCAGAUAAAUUAGAAUUCCAUAGACAUGAUGUUGGAUCUUCUACAGAAUCUGAUGGUGAUGACAAGGAAUACUCAUCUAGAAAUAGGAGCUUUCAUUCUCAGCCAAAUGUACCCUGCACAACAAAUGAACAAGUUUGUUUCACAAAUGGACAUCAUGAACAAGUUCAAAAUAUCAAUUUGCCUGCUAGGUUUGAAGACAUAACAAUAUCUGCCCCUUUAGCAGUGCCAGAAGACAGUGAUGGGUCUUCCCAAAAUUCUGGUUGUGAUUUAAAUGAUAAAGAAACUGCGACAGUGACUACAGAAAAUCAGACAACUGCUAAUGAAAGUCAGCAUGAAAACAAAACUAGUGAUGAUGAACAAGGUAUAAUAGGAGAAGACAUGCUCGAAGUAGAGGAACAAGUAGAAGAAGUUUUUACACAUUUAUCUAGUUCAGAAAGUCUUGAAGAAAUUGCAGAUGAAGACAAUUCCUCAGAAAUCCAGGAAAACAGAGGUGAUAUAUUGGUAGAGGAGGCAACAGCACCAUCUAGUUCUGAAAGUUUAGAUGAGAUUGGAGACUACAUAGAAACAGAUUUUCCAUCUCGGGCUAGUCGUCACAUGUUUGCAUCUAGUUCAGAACAUUCUUCUACAUCCAGUGAGGAAGAUGAGGGUUAUGGUGUGAAUCAAGAAAAAGAUUCUCAUGAUGCAGAAGCAAAAGGGACUCCCUCAAGUCCAUCUCAUCAUAACCAAGAAAAUGGAGUACACCAAGAAAAUGACAUCCAUAGUCCACUAUCUUGCCAGAACCUCCAGGAGUUCAGAAAACAAAGUAUCCCUGCUGUCUCACCUGCCCCUCCAUGUGAUGAUGUAGAAACACCUCACUCAGACUCCUUUGCUGAUAUUACUGCAAAUUUAAGAUACAUGUAUGACAUGGAAAACCAAUCAUAUAAUAAUGCACAUGUCUGUAGACCCAAAUAUAUUGCUAAAAAUGGUGGAGACAGCAGUGAGAAGCCUGGCUCAGAUUCUUCUUUCAUGUACUCACCGGAAACUGAUUUUUUGGAUUCUGUUGAAUCAGAUGUGCCAACAUCUGCAACAAGUUUGCAACCAAUGUUCCGCUUCAGUCAAGAUCUAGACAGUCCUAGUAUUUUACACCAAAGAAAUGGUGAGAGGAAUUCAUCGGAGUUUUGUAUGUACGAUCCACUGGAUUAUGCUUCGAAUGACUUACGUGGUGCUGAAGGAGGAAUGACAAAUGAUCUGAGCAUGAGAAGACAUUCAUUUGAGUUUGAUGAUGUAGAGUGCAAUAUGGAGUCUUAUGAUCCUCAUCUCUGUGUGGAUGAUAAUGAACAUUUUAACUACCUGGAUACAUAUAAGCAUGAAAAAGUCUUGCAAGCCAACUUUCAGAAUUCUGAGAGCAAUAGGCAAGAGAAGGUGUUUUUUAAAGCAUUGGAAAAAGAAAAUAGGUCUACGGCUCACUGUGAUUCAUCUGAUGAGGAGGAAAACUUAAGUUUCCGUCUCAGACGAGAACAUCUAGGUAAUGUGCAGUUAGGACAUUAUCCUCUCGAAAAUGGACAUUGUAUGGUACUUGAAGAUUUGGAGAAUCCAACACAUGCUGUUAGAAAUGCAGUCAUCAUGCCUUUACCAAAUAAACUGGAUGAAUCCUCAGGGGAGAGCUCAGAGGAUCCUAUCUAUGAAGAUAUAGACAGUCUGGAGACAUCUUUGUCAUGCUUAGAUAACCUACAUGCAGUACAAGAAGAAAACUCCUGUGAUAAUAAUUCUAAGGUGAUGUGUAAGUUUGACAGGCGACGUAGACGUGGACGUCGGCCAGUUGAUGUGGAAAAGGUGAUGAUAUGGCACGAGUACGAGGCCUACCUGCUACAGGUGAAACAGAUCGGAACAUCAGCGUGUGGACCUACAGCAGUGUUAACGGUUCUGAAAGCCUUUGAUUAUCAAGUUGAUAAGGAGGAAGUUAGUAAAAAGAUUGUUACCAACACCAGAAUGGAAACAGCUCCUAUCAGCUACUAUUUGUUUUCUAGAUCUGUGGCAGGUACAACUGCACUACAGUUGAUUGAUGGUGUUCACAAUCUGACAAGGGGUACCAUACAGGGUCGAUUUUUCCACUUUUUUCCAGCCAGGAAAGUGGAACUCCUCAAGUGGCUGGGAGGUUGGAUAAAGAAAGGUGCUGUUCCCAUAGCAACAUUGAAUUUACAGAGGGGAGUGAAACCUGGUUGGACCAUUCCUGAUGCCUGGCAUCACCAGAUGAUUUACGGUGUCAGCUCCAAAGGUGUGUAUUUGACAAAUCCAUUAGAAAUAGUUUCUGAAGAGACGAUUAUGGAACAGCUAACAAGUGACUCCAUCCUCUUAAUUCGACGGCAAGAUGUGGUCAAUAGAUUCCGUGACUGGUCACCACUAAAUGAUCUUAUUACCAAGAUUGACAAGAGAUGGAAUGAAAUGAAUGUUUUAGGUCAGGUAGUGAAUGUGUUGCGAGAGGCCUGUACUGCCAUGUACCAACAGCCCACCCAUUACCGUGCCCAGCUGACUUCUCACAUCGCAAUCCCAGCAGCCUACAAGGCAGGCAUCACACUGUUUGUACGUCAGAAUACAGAGGUGGCUCAAGAGCUUUUCAGUGCACCAGAACUAGAGUACAAGGACUAGGCAUGCUCCCUCACCUUUGACCCCUCUUGUGUCAUCACCUUGCUAACUUGGUGCUUCUCAGCAUUAUUUUCAGGUGGCUUCAGUCUUUCCAUAUUAUUUCUUGAAAUUGAUGUGUAAAAGUGCUUUUUCUGAAAUGUUUUAUAUUAAAACACUUUUACAACAUGUGCAAAUUAACUUCCUCAGACUUGCACUGGGUUGUAUGUAGACUAAAUUACAUGUAUGUAUCUUUGGGGUAGUUUGAUGAUGUAAUUUAAUGAUGUCAGAUAUGGAUAUACAUGUAAAUUAAGAUACCAUCAGUAAACAUACAAUGUAAGUCUAACAUUUUUAUUGUUCAUAUGUAUUCAGUCUAAUGGAAGGCCACAGAUUGAGCAAUGUCAUUGUAUACACACUUACGUCUUACAUUGUUUUCCAUGUUUUUAUUUUGUUUUGAAUUUACAACAACUGUUAAGUUAAUUUUAUUGUCAUAUAUUUCAUUAAGGAAGUAUGUUUUAACAGUUUUACUUGUGAAGAUGAUUGAAUUCCAUAUACAUGUAUUUAACAAUUGUACAUGAUCUUUUUGUUCUUUUAAAAUUGCUUGUUGAAUGAAAAUCCUAUCGAUGUUAUGUGAAUUAGGUUUCACUGUACAUUUCAUUAAAGUAAUAAAAAAAAAAUUCCACUGACAAUACGGAGGAAUAAUGAAUAAUGGUUGGUUUGGGGCUUUAAGUCUGUAAUUGAUAUAUUUUAUUUUGUACUCCUUAGGUUCUGAUAUAUCAAUUUCAUAUAUAAAAAGCUCCUCUACCUUAUAAAAAAGGGGUAUUUCAAUAGGGCGCUGAUAAAAAAAAAAACAACAAAAUUGAAUAUAACUACUAACGGUCUUGUAAAGUACUGAAAUUUUCACGCAAAUUGCUGCUAGACAGUAACUAUAUGUAGUAAUUUUUUGUUGAAAGGUCUGCUAUCCUAACAUACUCAUCAAAAGUUCAUGAUACAUUUUAACCUGUUGAUGAUUAAAAAAAAGUAUUUAAGCAAUAAGAUGAUUUAUAUGUAAAGUAUUAAAUAAAAUAAAUAUUAUUUUGACUGAGGAACCGGUUAUAUGAGUGUAGCUUGUUGAAGUACACACAGUUGUGGAAUUUUUUUAUUCUACAUAUAAAAAGAGUCCACAGUUGUGGAAUUUUUUUAUUCUACAUAUAAAAAGAGUCCAUUAUUUUUUAAUCCAAUCUAAUCCUGUUACAGAAAUAUGUAGUUUUCUACUUAUUAGGUUGUUUGUGGUAUGUAAUUUUUUUUUUCUUUUCCAUCCAUAUUUUCCAAAGUUUCAGACAUAAGUAAAAUGAGUGCAUAAUAAGAUUAUGUAUUUGUAUUUCUAAUUAUACUUACAUGUAUUUAUGAUCAAUCAUGUACCUGCCAAUGCAAAAAAUAAAUCAUGCUAGACUUGA